UUAGUAACCGUCGGGUUUCAGGACCAGGCGGAAACACUGCUACUGUCUCUGCUCUUCCAGGGUUGCGUUGGCAGUAGGGGCUGAUACGAUGCUGGUUGCCCGGGUCCCCGUUGUAUUACAGCGGAUGUGAAGGAUUUCGGACUCGCACCGCUAACGUCGCAGUUAGAUACUUCGUGGGAACUCGAUAUCUUGGAGUAGGUAUGGCGUUUAUGGAGAAGCCAACAGCUGGGAAGAUCCUUUUAGAUGACACAGUCCCACUGACAGCGUGUAUUGAGGCGAGUCAGAGCCAACAGUCCCACACGGAGUACAUCAUUCGUGUUCAGAGAGGUGUUUCUUCCGAGAAUAGUUGGCAGAUUAUAAGAAGAUACAGUGACUUUGAUGUACUGAAUAACAACCUACUGAUCUCAGGAUUGACUCUACCUCUUCCACCAAAGAAAUUAAUUGGGAAUAUGGAUCGUGAGUUCAUAGCAGAAAGACAGAAAGGGCUUCAAAACUACCUAAAUGUAAUUACCACUCAUCCCAUGUUGUCAAACUGUGAACUAGUUAAAAAGUUCUUGGAUCCUAAUAGCUACUCUGUAAACUAUACAGAAAUAGCUUUGCAACAGGUUUCAAUGUUUUUUCGUUCAGAACCAAACUGGGAAGUCAUAGAACCAUUGAAGGAUUUUGGUUGGAGGAUACGGAAAAGGUACUUUUUAAUAAAGAGCAAAGAUCAGAAUAAAGAACGGCAGGUGCUGAGCUGGGCAGAUCUAGGCCCUGAUAAAUUCUUGUCUGACAGAGACCUCCAAUCAGCCAUAAAAUUUCUUUCUUCAUUGUCGCACACUCAUAUCUAUCCUGUCACCUUUGCCAUGGCCAAUGAAACUUCAGCACUUGUUAUCAGAAUGUACAGUGAAAAAGGAACACUGAAGGAUUAUAUCUGCAAGGCAAAACCUAAAGAUCUUUAUUUGAAAAAGUACUGCUGUCCCAAGAAAAUUCAAGGCCUUGAACUUCAUCAAAUCAGAAAUUUUGGAAGACAAAUUCUGGAGGUGCUAAAAUUCUUACAUGAGAGAGGAUUUCCGUAUGGACACUUACAUUCUGCCAAUGUGAUGCUUGAUGGGGACACCUGCAGACUUCUAGAUUUGGAGAAUUCUCUGCUUGGUCUUCCCUCCUUCUACAGAUCUUUUUUCUCACAAUUCAGAAAAAUAAAUACUCUAGAAAGUGUCGAUGUUUACUGUUUUGGCCAUUUACUGUAUGAAAUGACCUAUGGCAGACCUCCGGAUGCUGUUCCUGUGGACAGCUUCCCACCUGCUCCGUCAACUUCCAUAGUUUCAGUACUACAGGCUAUACUCUCCACAGAUGCCUGCAAAACUGGCUUGCCAACAGUUUGUCAACUUUUACAGAUGCCGUUAUUCAGUGAUGUUCAGUUGUUCAAUUCCGAGAAACCUCAGUUCAAGAUCCCAACUAAGUUGAAAGAAUCAUUGAAAAUAGCCAAAGAAUGCAUUGAAAAACGGUUACAGGAAGAACAGAAACUGAUUUAUCAUCAUAAAAGGUUUACAAAAGCUCAGUCCCAUCAUUGUUCCGAAGAAGAAAAGAAAAAAAGAAAAAUUUUAGCACGAAAGAAGUCAAGACAGUUUGCCAAUGAAAAUGGUGAAGAUCAUUCAGCAAAGUACAGCAGCUCCAAUAACAACUCUGGUUCUGGGGCAAGUUCUCCAUUAACAUCACCAUCAUCACCAACCCCUCCUCCAUCAUUAGGUGUGUCCUCAGUUCCAUCACCACCACCACCGCCUCCUCCUCCUCCACCACCACCAGCUCCUCCUCACCUGGAUAUGUCUGCCAAAGCUGACCCACCACCUGUUAAUGGGGCUGGCAGAGUGGCCUUGCUGAGUUCCAUUCAGAACUUUAAAAAGGGAGCACUGAAGAAAACAGUGAUAGAUGACUGCAGCACUCCCAGGAUUAGCUCUGGCUAAAUACCUACAAAACUUGAAGUUACACCAUCAGUCCUGAUUUUGCUGUCACUGACCUUCAAAAACUUGCUGCAUACUGGUGAUGUUUUGGCUGGCUAGCAGAUAUUCAAAGGGUUCAGCUAGCAUUUUAGUGCUCCUAACUGACCAUUUGAUGAAUUUUCAUCAAGCAUUUAUGACUUUUGACUUUUGUUAUAGACUGAAAAAACUUGCCACUUUAUAAAUAGAGAUCCUUCGAAAUACAGUGCCACCUUCUGGAAAGAACUGGGAAGUGCAUCUUUUCCCUGUUUUAGCACUUUUUUUGGGGGGGGGGGGGUAAUCAGAAUUGUACAUUUUUAUGAAAAUUUGUUGACAACAGAAUUCAUUUGUCAGCAUGACUAAUGUUUUUUCUUUAGUCAGUUGAACUGCAAUUGCCUGGUAAAGGGUCGUGCUGGAAAUAGUGCUAUCCUUUUUUGAUUAAAAAAUUAUAUUUGA